GCCGGGCACUCGCCACUUCCGGCGCGUUGGGGCUGUUGGUUGGGGGCGGCCGCGCGGCGCGAGCGGGCAGCACUGGAGCGGGCUUGCGCAGGGAUGCUCCGGGGGGCGGCGGCGGCGGCCGUGUGGGCUGAGGCGGCAAGGAUAGCUCGGGCCCUCGGGCCUUUCCCCUGAGCCGGCCGCUCGGGCUGCGCCGCCGAGGCCCAUUCAGCGUCCGCCCCUUCAGCCUCGGGGUCGGGCCCACCGCCACUUCUGAACGCGGGGGCCGGGGAGCCCCUGCCUGGGCCCGGAGCCUCCCCCUGGGGGUCGGGCCCGGGCGGGGGGCCCCGAGCCGCUGCUCUCCUCGCCGGCCUCCGAGCCCCAUUUCCUGCUUUUUCAGUUUCCUUGCGGAGGGGCGGGUGGGUCUGGAUGAAUUGUUCCGGGGGUCCCCGAUGAGGCGGGCCAGGGGGCCGUGCUCUUUGUAGAGGGUCCCCGCGGGGCCCGGGUGGGGAGGCGGUUGUCUUUGCAUGGGUGGGGGACUUCCCGAGCCUGCCGGGACCAUGACCUGAACUGUGCGAGCGGGACGUGUCCGAAGCCCGAGAGCUAGCUCACCUGAGCCGCCCUCUCCCCCAGCCAGCAUGAGCGCGGGCUCUAGGCGCACGGGCUUCAGUAAUCACGGCACGUGGGCUCAGUGGUUGUGGCGCACGGCCUUAGUUGCUUCGCAGCAUGUGGGAUCGUCCCGGACCAGGACUCGAACCCGUGUCCCCUACAUUGGCAGGCGGAUUCUUAACCACUGCGCUACUUACGGAAGCAUCUGAAGAAGCCUCUCUCAGGGCACUGGAAAGUCUGAUGACAGAGUUUUUCCACGACUGUACAACCAAUGAAAGAAAACGUGAGAUAGAGGAACUUCUUAAUAACUUUGCUCAGCAAAUAGGAGCCUGGAGAUUCUGCCUGUAUUUUCUCUCCAGCACUAGGAAUGACUAUGUAAUGAUGUACAGUUUAACGGUUUUUGAGAAUCUGAUCAAUAAAAUGUGGCUUGGGGUCCCAUCUCAGGAUAAGAUGGAAAUCCGUAGCUGCCUGCCCAAACUCCUCUUGGCUCACCACAAGACCUUACCUUACUUCAUCCGGAACAAGCUCUGCAAAGUGAUUGUUGACAUUGGCCGUCAAGAUUGGCCCAUGUUCUACCAUGACUUUUUUACUAACAUUUUACAGUUGAUCCAGUCCCCUGUGACAACUCCCCUCGGGCUGAUCAUGUUGAAGACAACUUCAGAAGAGCUGGCUUGUCCCCGUGAGGACCUCAGCGUGGCUCGGAAGGAGGAGUUGCGAAAGCUGCUGCUGGAACAGGUGCAGACAGUGCUUGGGCUACUGACAGGUAUCUUGGAGACUGUCUGGGACAAACACAGCGUGACUGCUGCCACCCCACCACCAUCCCCAACCUCAGGAGAAAGUGGCGACUUACUGAGUAACCUGUUGCAGAGUCCUAGUUCAGCCAAACUGUUGAAUCAGCCAAUCCCCAUCCUUGAUGUGGAGAGUGAGUAUAUCUGUUCCCUGGCCUUGGAGUGCCUGGCCCAUCUCUUCAGUUGGAUUCCUCUGUCUGCCAGCAUCACCCCGUCCCUCCUUACCACCAUCUUCCACUUUGCACGCUUUGGCUGUGACAUCCGGGCCAGAAAGAUGGCAUCAGUUAACGGCAGCAGCCAGAACUGUGUGUUGGGUCAGGAGCGCGGCCGGCUUGGGGUCCUGGCCAUGUCCUGCAUCAAUGAACUCAUGUCCAAGAACUGUGUGCCUAUGGAGUUCGAGGAGUACUUACUGCGUAUGUUCCAGCAGACUUUCUACCUCCUGCAGAAAAUCACCAAGGAUAACAAUGCCCACACGGUGAAGAGCAGGCUAGAAGAACUCGAUGAGAGCUACAUUGAGAAGUUUACUGACUUUCUGCGGCUCUUUGUGAGUGUUCACCUAAGACGAAUCGAGUCCUACUCCCAGUUCCCUGUGGUGGAGUUUUUGACACUUUUGUUCAAGUACACAUUUCAUCAGCCUACUCAUGAAGGUUACUUCUCUUGUUUGGAUAUCUGGACGCUCUUUUUGGACUAUCUGACAAGUAAAAUUAAAAGCCGUCUGGGAGACAAGGAAGCAGUUCUCAACAGGUACGAAGACGCCCUAGUCCUCUUGCUCACGGAGGUGUUGAAUCGAAUCCAGUUCAGAUACAACCAGGCCCAGCUGGAGGAGUUGGAUGACGAGACACUGGAUGACGAUCAGACAGAGUGGCAGCGGUACUUACGCCAGAGCUUGGAGGUAGUGGCCAAAGUGAUGGAGCUCCUUCCCACACACGCCUUCUCAACACUGUUUCCAGUUCUUCAGGACAAUUUAGAAGUUUAUCUGGGGUUACAGCAGUUUAUAGUUACUUCAGCAUCAGGACACAGGUUGAACAUCACAGCAGAGAACGACUGCCGGCGGCUGCACUGUUCCCUGCGAGACCUGAGCUCCCUCCUGCAGGCUGUGGGCCGCCUAGCCGAGUACUUCAUCGGGGACGUGUUCGUCGUGCGCUUCAGCGACGCCCUCACGGUGGUGGAGAGGCUGGUCAAAGUCACUUUGUACGGAUCUCAGAUAAAAUUGUACAACAUUGAGACUGCCGUGCCAUCAGUAUUGAAGCCUGAUCUCAUUGAUGUGCACGCUCAGUCCCUGGCUGCUCUGCAGGCUUACUCUCACUGGCUAGCACAGUACUGCAGUGAGGCUCAUCGGCAGAAUACGCAGCAGUUUGUUACGCUCAUUUCCACCACCAUGGAUGCAGUCACACCCCUGAUCAGCACCAAGGUCCAAGACAAAUUGCUGCUAUCUGCGUGCCAUUUACUGGUCUCACUGGCCACCACCGUGCGGCCCGUCUUUCUGAUCAGCAUCCCCGCAGUACAGAAAGUAUUCAACAGAAUCACCGAUGCCUCUGCCCAGCGGCUGGUUGAUAAGGCUCAGGUGUUGGUGUGCCGAGCCCUCUCUAAUAUCCUGCUGCUUCCAUGGCCAAAUCUCCCAGAGAAUGAGCAGCAGUGGCCUGUGCGCUCCAUCAACCAUGCCAGCCUCAUCUCUGCACUCUCCCGGGAUUAUCACAACCUGAAGCCCAAUGCUGUCGCCCCGCAGAGGAAGAUGCCCCUGGAUGACACCAAAGUGAUUAUCCACCAGACACUUAGUGUCUUAGAAGAUAUCGUGGAGAAUAUCUCUGGGGAAUCCACCAAGUCCCGACAGAUCUGCUACCAGUCCCUGCAGGAAUCCGUGCAGGUCUCCCUGGCCCUCUUCCCAGCUUUUAUCCAUCAGUCAGAUGUGACUGAUGAGAUGCUGAGUUUCUUCCUCACUCUGUUUCGAGGCCUUAGAGUACAGAUGGGCGUGCCUUUCACUGAGCAGAUCAUACAGACUUUCCUCAAUAUGUUUACCAGAGAACAGUUGGCCGAGAGCAUCCUCCACGAAGGCAGUACUGGCUGCCGGGUAGUUGAGAAGUUCCUGAAGAUCCUGCAGGUGGUGGUCCAGGAGCCUGGCCAGGUGUUCAAGCCCUUCCUCCCCAGCAUCAUCUCCCUGUGCAUGGAGCAGGUGUAUCCCAUCAUCGCCGAGCGCCCCUCCCCUGAUGUGAAGGCUGAGCUGUUUGAGCUCCUUUUCCGGACGCUCCAUCACAACUGGAGGUACUUCUUCAAGUCCACCGUCCUGGCCAGUGUCCAGAGGGGCAUUGCUGAGGAGCAGAUGGAGAAUGAGCCUCAGUUCAGUGCCAUCAUGCAGGCUUUUGGACAGUCCUUUCUCCAGCCUGACAUCCACCUAUUUAAACAAAAUCUCUUUUACUUGGAGACUCUCAACACGAAGCAGAAGCUGUACCACAAGAAGAUCUUCCGGACCACCAUGCUCUUUCAGUUUGUGAACGUGCUGCUCCAGGUCCUGGUUCACAAGUCCCACGACCUCCUGCAGGAGGAGAUUGGCAUCGCCAUUUACAACAUGGCCUCUGUGGACUUCGAUGGCUUUUUCGCGGCCUUCCUCCCAGAGUUCCUGACCAGCUGUGAUGGUGUGGAUGCCAACCAGAAAAAUGUGCUGGGGCGGAAUUUCAAGAUGGAUCGGGACCUGCCCUCGUUCACCCAGAGUGUGCACAGGCUGGUCAACGACCUGCGUUACUACAGACUCUGCAAUGACAGCCUGCCCCCUGGCACCGUGAAGCUCUAGGUGUGGCCUGCUCACCGCCCAAGGGACGUGGACUCCUGCCGCCGCCACCUGCACCACCUCCGCCUGCUGCCACGGGUGUCUCCCGGGCGGGCCUCGGCCACUCCUCGGCUUCUCACACCCGGAACGGCGUCGCCUGCCCUCACCCCCCUCCACGCUCCUCUCCUGCCACCCACCCAGCAGAACUGGCUCCGGGGUGUCCAGGGGUUUGGAGCAGGCAGGGAUCAUGCGGCCAGGUACCCGGGAGGCAACGGGAAACCCUGUGGGGUGGUCCGUGCAGAUCAUGCGUGUAUCAGUCACGAGGCAGAAAUGCCAAGGACAGCUGUGACAGUGCCACCUUCUCACCAUUCCACCUCCCCCCACCCCGGCCCAGCCGGCUAAGGAGAGGCUGAUGCUGGAACUACUUUGGCACUUCUGUCAGGCCUCUCCCUCCCUCCCCCUCAAUGCCUUGAAGUCUCUGCUGUUUGUCAGAGAUUUGCAGACCCGUGGGGUUUUUUUUUUUUGUUCUUGUUUUCUCAUCAUUCCAUUGUGAUACUAAGAAACUAAGAAGCUUAAUGAAAAAAUAAAAUGCUUAUGUUGUUGUUA